CCGCGAACGAUCAGUUAGUGUUUCAUUGUUCGACGUUAGCGAAGAAAUACAACGCACGGGCAAAAGCAGAGGACAAUCUAUGAGAGCUAUGGUAAAACCUCUAUCUAUAACUUGUAUUUGUGAAUGUAAUCUUCAUCAUGUUGCAGCUGUUGAAGAUUUUGUCAGUAUUUUGUGUAGGGAAUAAUCAUUAUUAAAGACAGAUAGACAAUUGUCUAUUUUUACUUCUUUCAACACAAAAAAAGAUAUGAUAUCUCGGAGCUUCGAAAGGGCAGGUAUCUUUUUUGUAUGAGAGACGUCAUAAAAAAGGAGUAAACUUUAGAUUCUUGUUUUUAUAUAAGAAAGAAUUGUUUUAUUGAACUUCUAAAGCAAGAAAAAUUAAAUGGAUGACUAUCCAUUUUAAUGGAUUGUUAUAAAUGGAAAAGUUGUAGAUUUUAAUGAUCGAAUAAUUUAAAAUGUAAAUUAGAAUUAUAUGAUAUUUGACGUGGACAGACAUUUACGACGGGAACAACGAUUUCCAAGCGUUCAAGAUGAUGAGUGUAAUAAUGAUUACUGUGAUUAAUUGUGAUUUGCUUACUGUGAUUAAUUGUGCGGAUUAUAGGUACUUGUAUAAAUAAUUUAGUCCGCGUGUACUAUUGAGACGGCACGUGUCAGUAUAAUUUACUCAUCGCAUUAUUCUUAAGUGAUUAUUGAUGUUUUGUAUCAAGAAUUUGACGUGUAUUUGAUAGAGGUUUUACUUAUGGCAGAAAAGAGCUUUUGCCAUAGCUCUCUGCACGAUGUCGCCUUCGAAGCGAAUCCGAUAUGCGGAAUCGAUGAUUUGCAGAAGCUCUUUACCAUGGUGAAGGUCGCGUACGCUAUGCUGGUGAUUACCCUGCUGCUGAUGAUGUGGGCGUCCGUGGCGCGGAUGCACGAGCUACCGGUCCAAUAUCCGCCGUGUUUCUUUAAUCCGCUAUGCACUUGCUCGAAAGCCAUACCGGACCUCGGAAUAGUGGCGUGCUACAAUGUACCGAUGCCGCGUAUACCGCAGCCGAUUAAUUCAUCCAAAGUGUUCAUGCUGCAACUGGAGAACAAUGGGCUGAGGUUUCUGCAGCCACAGUAUCUCAUGAACACUGGCCUCUAUAAACUACAGAUUAAACAUAAUCCCCUGGCGGACAUUCCAGAAGAAGCCUUUCUAGGUCUUGAAAGAUCAUUAUGGGAGCUCGAUUUGUCCUACAAUCAGCUCGCAAGCGUACCGAGCAAAUCGUUUAGACAUUUACAAAAAUUACGACUUCUUGAACUCACAGGCAACAAGAUAUCUCGCAUCGUGCCGGAGAACUGGCGUGGCUUAGAGAACUCCCUGCAGACUCUACGUCUGGGAAGAAACGCGAUCGAGAAACUGCCGGCCGAUGCCUUCGUCGGCCUCACGUAUUUGGAGAUUCUUGAUCUUCGAGAGAACAGCCUGAAGGAGAUCGAUCCUUCGGUGUUCAGGGAUGGGAUGGCUCACCUGACGCACCUUUAUCUAAAUGACAAUCAGCUGACAUACGUGCCGUACGCUCAACUAUCCCUAUUGAAACGCAUGAAGGUCCUUGAUCUCAGUUACAACAGGAUAUCGAAGAUGCUGCAGACCCAACAGGAACCGGAGAUCAGGGGUAUACAGAUGUCCCUGGACGUGUUGCAGUUAGAUUACAACCAGAUUGAAAAUCUCGCGUCCGGUGAUUUUCAACACUUCUUUAAGGUCAACCGCACAUAUCUUAGAGGCAAUCCUUUGAUGAUUAUCGAGGAAGGUACGUUCAGAAACUCGCGUAUUCGUGAGCUAUAUUUGAGCGACUGCGAUCUACUGGAGAUCAACUCGGCCAACUUAGCCGGCUUGGAAUUGUCGCUCGAAUUACUGGACGUGUCAGGAAACAAUAUAACUAUGCUUCCUAAUGGUCUGUUUCAAGAGUUCGAUUUCCUGCGUACGCUUGUCUUCCGCGAGAAUCGUAUCGGCACAUUUUUGCCAACCGAAGUUUUCAACGGCUUCCAAUAUUCCUUGUAUAAUUUGGACCUCAGCGGCAAGCAGAACAGCAUGAUUUCCCUUCAAGACCUGCGACAAAUGAGAAAUAUGCGUUCCCUCUCGAUCUCCCGAAUGCCACAGACGACUUUAUCACCGAAUGAUUUUCUGGAGUUUGGCAUGGACAUCAAAGAACUACGGAUAGUCAAUAGUAAUCUGAACACGAUCAAAGGCCACGCUUUCAUGCACGUUCGCGGAAUUAAGUAUCUUGACUUUUCUGAGAAUUCGAUAUCGACGAUAGAUGACGAGGCUUUCUCGGAGGUGGGCCAUUCCCUAUUGACGUUAAGGAUGUCUCACGGUCUCUCCUCCACAAUUUCCGAAAUGCCAAAUCGGCCAUUUAAAUCAUUGACGAAUUUGCAACAUCUCGAUUUUAGCAAUAACAAGAUACGAUCUUUACCUGCUACGUCUUUUCAUUUUUUGAAGAGGAUUAAACGAAUUGAGUUCCAGGAUAACGAAAUCGACAACAUACCGAAGGGUACCUUUCAGGGUGAUAUCCAUUCAACGAUGGAAGAAAUCAAUUUCGCUUUUAAUCAAGUGAAAAAUCUGCAAACUCAUACUUUCGUCGAUUUGUCGGCCCUAAUGGCGAUUAAUCUGGAGGACAACGUUAUCGAGAAGAUCGAAAGACGAACCUUUAUGAAUAUGAAUCGACUUAAGUACAUUAACCUGCGCGGCAACAAGAUUAAAGACAUCACCGAUGAAGCCUUCCAGAAUUUACCGGAUCUUGAAUUUCUUGAUCUCGCAUAUAACAAUCUUAAUGAAUUUGACUUCGCCUCAUUCGAUCAAGUGGGUACAUUAUCGUCAUUCAAAGUUAACGUUAGCCACAAUGAAAUUUCAAGAUUAUGGGUAAAUAACACCGUUUUCACAUCUCCGUUUGUCGUUGGCGGCAAUGUGCAAUCGAACAUCAAAGUUCUGGAUUUGAGUUAUAAUAAUAUCUCCGAAAUCACGAAGUACUACUUCAAGCCGGUCGAGUACUCGCUCACUCAUCUGUAUCUGUCGAACAAUAAAUUGAAAAACAUCACCCAGGAUAUCUUCGAUAACAUGCCUCACUUGCAGUGGCUCGACAUGAGACAUAACGUGCUGACGGAGCCAGAUUUUGACUGCUUCAAGAAUACGAAGAACCUGCAAGUGUUACUUUUCUCCUGGAACGAGAUCACGGAUAUCCCGGCAGAGACUCUGAGACCCCUGAAGAAACUGCGCAUCGUGGAUUUGUCUCACAAUAAGCUAAGAACACUCCCAGACAACAUGUUCACUGACUCCAACGUAGAGAGUCUCGAUCUCUCGCACAAUCAAUUCACGAGGCUGCCUGUCAAGAGCAUGUCGGUGAUUUCUACUGCGAGUUUGGCAAAUCUGGAUAUGUCCUGGAACAUCCUGUCGGGGAUCCACAGCGCCGACACGAUAUUCAGACUCAGAGGUCUUGUGUGGUUAGACCUGUCGUAUAAUCGACUCGUUAGACUAGACGACGGCGUAUUUUCCGACCUAUCGUAUCUGGCUCACCUCGACUUAAGUCACAACAAGCAACUCAUUCUGGAGAGCCGCGGAAGGACGUUCUAUGGUUUGGAGGACACACUUCUGUACCUCGGUCUGAGCAAUAUUUCUCUUUUGAGUGUUCCAGAGCUGCCUCUGAGACGAUUGCAAGCCUUAUAUCUGGCGCAUAACGAGCUGGCAUCGAUUCCUCCGGAAAUGUCGUCGAAUCUGACAUCUCUUCACUACUUAGAUUUAAGUUUCAACGAUUUGACAGUGGUGCCGUUGAUUACCCACACGUUGCCGGAGUUAAAGACCUUCAACUUGGCGGACAAUCCCAUUACUGCCAUUACAAAUACCAGCUUUCUCGGCAUAGCCGACAGUCUCGAAGAGCUCGAUAUACGAAGACUCACUCUGUCAGUCUUUGAAGCAGGUGCACUCUGCAAAGCCACCAAACUCCGCAAAUUGCAUAUUACUGCGUACAACGGUAUAAAGAACUUCAACUUUCCCAACAUCUUGGAAUAUAAUCACGGUUUAAAGCAUUUGCUCAUUGAUGUUCAAAAUGACACUAAUCUAGAGAAGGAAAUGAGAGGAAAGUUACCCUCCAAAUUGUACAACAUUACGUUGACUGGUAAAGCUUUGCAGAAUAUACAUUCAGAUAUACUGCACGGUAUGCGAAAUCCCCAUCUUCAUUUUGGUUUGUACAAUACCAGCGUGGCGAUCGUGCCGCGAGAAAUAUUCAGAAGCGCGCAGCGUGUGCGCAACAUAACUAUGGAGAUCCGCGACAGUGAUACUCGAACGCUGCAUAAUCCAUCGUCCACUUACAAGCCGGGAGUACCGGGCGAGCGAUUUCUCAUGAAGCUUCGAUUAGCGGGCAAUCAUCUCAAUUGUGAUUGCGAUAUCGGAUGGAUAGAAAUAUGGCAGAGGAAGCAAAGGCAGUAUCAAGAGGACCGAUGUAUCUCUUACGACGAGUUUCAGAAUUUCGAGCGAGAGGAUGGCGACGAAUUCAGCUGUUGGGACAACGGCUGGGACGAUGAUCUCCGCGAGACGUUCUGUCUAAACAAAAACAACGUGUCAUUGUCGAACUCGUUAAAAACGGAGCUGGAAUGCGGAUGGGGCGCGGCGAGUCGCACUAUCGAGCUGAACACUGUAGUUUUCUUGGUGUUCUCGGUCGUCCUAGCUGUCGUUUAUUAAGCGUCUCUUUCUCGACUUCAUUGCCUUCUAUUCAAUAUUCUCGAAAGUUGAUUUGCGAAUUUUACUGCGCACCCGAGGGUGAGGAAAUGAUUAACGAUUAGAUUAUCAUGCAUGUUCAUAAAUUUGUACAAAGAAAGAUUAAAUCGCAAUUAAAGAACUUCUGUAAGGGUA